CGCGACUAUGUUGGUUACGGGUGCUCUCUUGCUUCUCUCGGUCUUGCUACUGGCGACGCUUCUCAUAUGGCGUCGAUGGCACUUCUCUUACUUCGAGAGGAUUGGCAUUCCGGGACCGAAACCAAGCCUAAUCUGGGGAAAUCUCAAGGAGUAUCACUCUAUGGAGUUGUACAAAGUAAUAGGAAAAUGGCUCGAGCAAUACGGGGACAUUUUUGGGUUCUACAAUGGCGAUGCUCCUUUUGUUGUGAGCAGAGACAUAAAUUUUGUAGAACACAUCUUUGUACGAGACUUUCAGAACUUCGUUGAUCGAGGUUUUACGAUGAUGACUGACCAAAUGCAUCCCGAUUUGAAAAAGUCCAUCAUGCACAUUGGAGGAUCGCCUUGGAAAAGUAUUCGGUCAUCGGUGACCUAUGGGAUGAGUGCCAACAAGUUGAAGCAGAUGAUGCCUCAUCUCAAAGAAGAUGCGGACAUAUUCGUAAAGUCGCUGGAAAAGCACGCAGAUACCGGGGAAGAAGUGCACUUGCUUCGCAAACUGGAGGAGCUCUCCAUGGAUUACGUGGCACGAGGAUCAUUCGGCAUUGACGAUCGCUUUCAAGGGAAUCCUGGCCACCCUCUCGUUGCCAUCGCCAAGGCCACCCUAAGGGGCACCAUGAGGGGCCCUCUUCACAUGAUCGCACAGAGCACAACAACCUUCGGACCAAUCAUGAAGCCUUUCUACUGGCUUUCUUCCCUCCUGGGAGAGUACACAUUUGAGAACCUGAAUGAGCAGACAGCCAAGAUCAUUAAGCUGCGAAAGAGUGAUCCGUCACUGCGGAAGCCUGACAUUUUGCAAAAUCUCCUCGACGCUGAGUACGUUGAAGUACAAGAGGAAUGUCGGGGCAACAAAGUUGCCAACGAUGUCGGUUGCUGUGAGAUCCGAAUGUAG